AUGGCUGCCCAGGUCGACAUCCCGAAAACCGUAGGCGCACUGCUGGCCGGAGGGUUAGUCGCGACCGCGUCGUUGAUACUUUGUGGGUUAUUCAGAUUUACCGGAGUCAUCACCGUGCAGAGCUAUAAUUACUACAAGUCAUAUCGUGGUGAUGCGAUGCGCGUAAGACUAUUGGUCGCCUUCGUCUGGCUACUCGAUUUCUGCCAUACACUUUUUGUCUCGCUGUCCCUAUGGCAUUAUCUCGUCCUCCACUACGGCGAUACUUCGAUGGUUGAUUCCGUGCCCUGGAGCCUGGCGAUGACGAUUGCUUUUACGGCAAUAUUGACAUUCCUCGUCCAUUGCUUCUUCGUCCACCGCAUAUUUAAACUAAGCGUAGGAAAGUGGAUCAUUGCCGUCCCGCUUGCUGCACUUGCCUUUUCCCGCUUAUGCUUCGCGUGUCUGACGACAUACCAAUUAAUCAAACUCGAUAGUCUAGACAUAUUUACGCAUCGCUUCCACUGGUCUUUCACCCUCGGACUAGCCCUUUCGUCUAUCCUCGACAUCCUCAUAACAGGGUCGCUUUGCUACUAUCUGUCAAAUAGUCGAAACCCGUCUUCAAGUUUGAAUCUAGUUAUCGACGUACUCAUCCUGUAUGCGUUCGAGAAUGGUGCUCUGACGACUGCUGCUACAAUUGUGUCGAUGAUCUGCUGGUUGAUAAUGCCGCACAAUCUAAUUUUCAUGGGUCUCCAUUUCAUCAUCAGCAAAUUCUAUGCCAACUCGUUACUUGCUACUCUCAACACCCGAAAGCGCCUGAGGGGUACUGGCCGCACAGAUUCUAACAGCCAUGCCAUACCCGUCGUUCUCACGGAAGACUUUACCAGCCAGCCACGAGGGAACAUUUUUUCUAGAGUUGCUCAGACCCUUCAAGUUGCAGAUAAUAGUGGAACUAAGAGAAGAUCGGCUUCACCGAUGGUUCACAUCAAUGUUCAGCAAACUGUCGAAUGUACUAUCGAGGAGGACGAGAUGAUACCGGCAAAAGUCGACUCUAAGGUUGAUCGUGACCGCAAUCGUGACGCAGAAUCAGCAUAA